AUGCAGACUAUGUUCUUGACUCAGUUCCAGGCGACCGUCAAGUAUGCUCCCCCAGUGACCAAAUUGGCAAACAUCAAACAGAAGGAGGGAGAGACUCUUCAUGCCUACUUCAAACGUUUCAAUGCUGAAUCAUCUAAUGUUCGGGGGGCGACUGAUGAAACACUGAAGAGUUUCUUGGUGGCUGGGCUUCGAGUAGGAACCGACUUUUGGAAGCACUUGCAAGGCAAUGAUCCCAAGUCCUUGGCAGAUCUUUAUGCAAGGGCUGAAGCGUACAAGAAUGUUGAACAGUCAUUAGCCGAAAGCAGGAAGAAUGAAAGGAGCCCCAAUAAGGCCCGACCAAAGAGAAGAGACCGAUCUCCAAGUCCAGAGCAAAGAGGGAGGCGACGUAGUCCCAAUCGGGUCAACACUACUUACAGAAGGAACUACUCGCCCCCCCCCCCCCGGGAUUACGAAGAAAGGGGAGAUCGCUGGAACCCACUAGCCGCACCAAUUGAACACAUCUUCGAGGUCAAUCGUGACAAAGGGCUUUUCCGCAGGCCAGCGCCUUUGAAUUCUUGGCAAGCCAAGAACAAGGAUAAGUACUGUGAGUACCAUGAAUCAGCUGGGCAUGACACCCAUGAGUGUAGGCAGUUGAAAGAAGAAAUCGAGUCACUAAUUAAAGAGGGUCAUCUUAGCGAGUAG